AUGGCCUCGUUCAACCGGGAACGCGUCGAACACGCGUUGAACGAGCUGCUCGUACGCAUUGUGCCCGAAGACCCUGAUGAGGACGAAGACGUAGCCAACGAACGUUACGAUGCCGCGUACGACCACGCCUACAGAGAGCUCAGCGGUGCCGGCGAGCUUCCCGUUGUCGCAGACAUAAGCCAUGUCGCCAGCCAGAUCGACCGACGAUUGCUGUCCGAUGUGGGCGGCGCGCAGAAAAGUGCACGCUUCAACAACCUCCUGUCGCGUCUGGUGUCGCAGCCGGUGCUCGACCAGAAAUGGCGCAUGCUCUACUUUCUCAACGAGCUAUCCGAUUUACCACGCGCACCCGAAUCCUCAGAACGCCGUGGCCGCGUACAUGACCCGGCGACGCCUCCACAGCACGAAUCUAGCAAUGGAAGAAGCUCGCGCAGCCCAGCUUUUCGUGACGCUUUCGCGCGGCCCGGUCUUGCACAGAUACCUGUCAAUGAAGGUGGCCCUGAUGAAUAUCCCCAGUUAGGAGCUACUCGUCCAGUAGCAAUUGCGGAAAGGGCAGGACGGCUAGAACGGCCGCGCGAAAGGCGGGCACAAGACGCCGCAAAGGAGCCUAUGACCGACGGAGAGCAAACACAUGGGACAGGAGACCCUACUGAGCCUGCGCUCCUGCGAGACUUGCCCUUCACCUUGCAAGGGCUGUCGUCUACCAACCUCGCCUUUUCUUCAUCCACCGCCAUCAAGCUGCCGUCGUCUCUGCCUGUGCCGCUCGUGAGCCUGCUGCACACCCUCGCGGAGCCCUCUCUUCUAUAUCGUGGGCUUUCAGAAUUCGUGGAGUCGACCGAAGGAGGCUUGGUGGGACAGAGCUUUCGUUCGGCACUGGGCAAAGAGCUGAGAUCGUAUCUGGGCCUCGUCGCAACUUUGGAAGGGCAGAUCCGGAGGGCCCUGGCGCAGUUAGACGAUGCACAGCCGCACCAUGGCAUCGGUAAAGCUGGAGUAACACUCAAGCGCUGCGUUAUAUGGACUCGCGAAGCCACACAAGGACUUCGGCUGAUGAGCCUGAUGGUGGAAGAAUCGAGAAGAAAGAAAGGCGGAGAGCUCAUAACACUCAUCCACUCCUUCUCACUGUCUCACGGUGAUCCUUAUGUUGGAACCUUUGCUGAGCGGCUGCUCUCUCACGUCACACGCCCAUUCUACGAUAUGUUGCGACAAUGGAUCUAUGAUGGCGAGCUUGCAGAUCCAUUCGGCGAAUUCUUUGUUUACGAGCAGAGCGAAGAGGACAUCAACGAAGCAGCUUUGGCUAACAGCAACGAAGGCAAGGGGGGUGCGACAAGCGUUUGGGAAGACAAGUACAAGCUGAACGAGAAGAUGAUACCGACCAUCAUCACAGAAGAAUUCGCGAACAAAGUUUUCCUAAUCGGAAAGACGCUCAAUUUUAUCCGCUACGGCUGUGGAGACGCAGCGUGGGUGGACACAUAUUCAAAGGAAGCCUCCAAAGAACUGCACUAUGGCGACACGGCCAACCUCGAGCAGUCAAUCGGCGAUGCAUACAAGACGACCAUGGCUCGGUUGAUCGAUCUGAUGGCGAAUAAGUUCAAAUUGUUUGAACACUUACAGGCACUGAAGAAGUACCUGCUGCUCGGUGCGGGAGAUUUCAUAGCUGUCCUAAUGGAGUCACUGUCGGCAAACCUAGAUCGUCCUGCCAAUACGCAGUACAGACAUACGCUCACGGCACAGCUCGAGCAUGCCGUGCGAAAUUCCAACGCCCAGUUCGAUUCGCCCGAUGUGCUUCGCCGCCUCGACUCCCGUAUGCUUGAGCUAUCCCACGGCGAAAUUGGCUGGGAUGUCUUCACGCUCGAAUAUAAGAUAGACGCGCCUGUGGACGUAAUCGUUACGCCCUUCGGCUCAAAGCAGUACCUCAAGGUUUUCAACUUUCUUUGGCGCGUCAAACGCGUGGAGUUUGCCUUAGGCUCUACGUGGCGACGUUGUAUGACCGGUGCUCGGGGUGUAUUGGGCACCGUCUCUGACAAGCUCGGAUCAGACUGGAAAAAGGUUCGCUGUGGUAUUGCAGAGAUGGUUCAUUUUGUCGACCAGCUGCAGUACUACAUCCUUUUCGAAGUCAUCGAGUCAUCCUGGAAUGAGCUUCAAGAAGCUCUGCACAAACCAGAGAGUACGCUCGACGAUAUGAUAGAAGCGCAUGCCAAGUACUUGAACAGCAUUACGCGGAAAGGCCUGUUGGGAAGUCAGAGCACUGAUUUCACAGGGCAGCUCCACGAGCUUUUAAAGACAAUGCUCGCAUACAAGGAUGCUGUUGACGGUCUGUAUUCCUUCUCCGUAGCCGAAUUUACUCGGAUCCAGGAGCAGGCCGCAAGGAUUGAAACACGCACAGCAGCCGGCCGCUGGGGACUCACCGAGCGAGACACCUCCUCACCCGAUCCCUUUUCGAACAAACGCGCCUCACGCUCAGAUGCCGGUUCACCCUUUCCGCCUCCACUACUCAACAUCGGCGACGGUGGUACUGGUGAGGACGACGUCCUCCCCGCGUUACGCAAGCGACUGGCGCACCUGAUCAAAGAUUUCCGUGCAAGAAUCACCAUCCUCCUCGGAGACCUGAUACAUCAGCCCGAUCACGACAUGCGCUGGUUGGCUAUGGUCAUGAACUUCAACGAUGUGUAUCAACCAAAGAGGCGGCAUAGCCACAGACGGGACAAGAAGCGAGAAAAAGAAAGGGAGACCCCCGCUGCAGCCGGAACGAAAUCAGUCAGUGGGAAGAGCGGCUCUUGA